AUGGGAGACACCAGUGAACGAAGCAAACCUCCGAGUCUACCUCCGCGGUGUCCCUGCGGAUUUUGGGGGUAAGAUUCAGCUUUAAUACACACUUUAACAAACCCACUGUCUUAAUCUCACAGUGAAAUACUGAUAAAAUACGCUGAACGGGUUCAACUAGUCCAAACCUAUUGUUGUUGUCCUGUUGUAACGUUACAGGCCGAGGGUGGGGGGUUGGGAAGUUAGCUAAUAAAUAAACCUCCUAGCCUGAAAAGUGGCUGUAUUUUUACUCUUUUCUUACAUUUCAAACCCCCUGUUGUCAUGUCAAGCCCUGGCUGUUAUGUUGAACCGUGUUUUAUCGUGUUUUUAAGACGUUUUAACAGCCAGGAGGUGACGUACCCGAGAUACAACAUGAUUUAUUGCCAGCAGGUUCCUUUUAAAGCAGCCCUGUUUUUCCUGAAUCACCUCGAAGGAAAUCGACUAUAAACCAUUAAAAUAUCACUUUGGUUCAAUCCUCAGGCGAAACAGUGUAAGUUAAGCAGUUUUAGGCUCAUUUUACACCCUUUUUACAUUCGGUCUUGUCAAGUGGUGGAUGUGUGUUGCAUACCGGAUGUGAUUCACUGAUGUCUCCAGUCUUACCCCACAGGAUCCUUUUUUACAUUUAUUUAAAGUCCCUGGGAGGAUCUUUUAGACCUGUACACGAAACUGAUAAAAAAAAAAUCACAGCUGUGCCUUUUUAUUAUCUAGAAAAGCAAACAAGACCGUCAGCAACAAGCCUGUCAGUCUCUGUCCUGUAAUUUGAAAUGCCUGAAACAGUUGCGAAGGGGGGUAGGUGUCAGAUAAGACUAUUUACAGCACACAGGAGAAACAGCCUUUUUAUUUAACCGUUUACACCACCUUUAUUCACUGUAGGUGAUACUUUUAACUGUCGAAAGAGAGUUAAUCUGUCAGAAAACACAACCAGUCUCUUUGCCUAGAGGGGGAGCCAGCAUUUACAGAAAAAUAAAGAUCCUCACAUCAGCUUUAGAUCCUUUAUUUGAUGCUGCAACUAUAAAAAUAUGAAGAGAUAUGUGGGGAGGCAUGUGCAAGAGUGACUUCCAGAAAACAAGUGAGAUGAUUAGGAGAAAUAUGAUGUCAUGAUGUCAAAUAUAACUCUGGGGACUGUCUUAUGUUGUUUGCAUCAAAGUAUUUAAACUUAGUGUAGCUGCAGUUUAUGUUUAAAUGUCCUGUAAUCUGAUAUUAUAGUAUUAGGCUCAAGUGUGAGCAGACAGCAGAGGUGAAAAGGUAGUUUUUACCAUGGCGCCUAACAGGUUAACAUAUACAAUGUGCAAAGAUUAAGAUAUGAUAAGAUAUGAAAUGCAUUACGAACCCAAAACAAUCUAACUACUGCUUGAUGAAUAUAAAAGUCAGAUAAACUGGGGUAAAGAACACCAGAUUUAAGCAGCUAUCCUGGCUCAGCUGACAUUAUUUGCUCAUACUUUUAACAACCAAUUUAAAACCAAAAGUCUGACAAACCUUCAAUUUUAGGAGAGAUCAUGCAAAAGACCCGAAAUAGGAAAGUAUAGACAUAAGUGUAGGGUUAAAAAGUGCAAUGUUACUAUCAGGGAAUGCCUACGGGAACAAGACUGUCUCAAUACAAUAAUGCGAUGGUUAAAAAGACAAUCAUAAAAUAACAUGCUAAGAUAUCUGAAUAACUAAAGAUUAAAAAAAGACCCCCAAAAGAGCAGGUUUAAUGAUCUCAGUAUCACCAGGAUGUGUCAUAAAGUUGUGUUAUUGUGAUUCAAAAUUGAAAGUGAAAUUUAUUUAGUUGGUUAAUUAAGGUGUGUCAGCAUUAACGCAUCAAUCCCGAUAACAAUAACGUUCUUUUUGUCUAGUUUUAAUCAGAUACUUUUUUAAGGUUAAUUUAAACAUCUACACCUCUGUGCUUUUGAGGAGCACAUUUUACUGUAAAUACUUCCAAAUAUCUCAAUCGACAAGUCAAAAGCAAUGUACAUUUUGUGUCACAUGAGAUCCAAAUUUCACCAAAGUACUAAGAGUUUGAGCAACCAUCUCCAAGCUAAGCGUGUAGGCGCAGCUGCAUCACAAAAGCGGAUAAAGCUCUAACUUAAAGAGUGAUGAUUGUCUGCAGACACAACUAAACUAAAGGAGUUGACUGAGGGCUCGCCAAAGUGGUGGUGAGCCAACAACAGAGCAGUCAACAUUGUAGAAUUGACUGAGGUUGGAGGUUUGCACGCCGUGACCAGCCUCUGCACUUAAAAAACUGUUUCCUCCCUGUAAGUCAUGAUUUUAGACCACAGCGUAAAUCAGUGCAGAAUUUGUACAAGUAAUUGAACGAACAGUCAGGACAAUAAAGUAUAUUUCAAUUUACGUUGAUCCCUAAAUGGAGUCACUGACAGUUAAAUUACAUUCUUAUUAAAGACUUAAAACCUGUUUAAAAUGCACAAAUAAAGAAUUCUAGAACUGUUUAAGAUGUGAUUAAUUGCCACAAAUGUCAAGAAAUCAACAAUUUUUAACCUUUGAUAGUUGUUACCAAUUAUAUGACAGCUGUACCACACAAUUUUGGAUGCUGAUAUGUUUCUUUAUCAGUAUUUCUAUCUCCUUACAACAUUAUGUAUGAAAGAAGCCAUUUAACUAGUCAGUUGAUGACCAAAACGCCUUCAGAUAAAUUAACCUGUCUGUUAUUUUGGUUGCAAUAUAAAAGCUCAUUUACUCAGCCUUUAAUACAAAGAAACAAUAAGCUAAAAAAAUAAGAUAAAAUGUUGAGUAAAAGCCUUUAUUGAUAAAUGAAAUGGAUACAUGCUAAAACUGUUGAAAUAGUCAUUAUGACCAUCAUUGGGAAUGCUAAAAAGAAAAAAGCGAUACAACAGGGAAACAGAGUAUGAGAAAUAAUUUACUAUAAUGCUUGAUCAAUAAAGUGAAAAUAGAACAAAUGUAAGGAGAAAACAUUAUGUUGACACAUUUUUUACUCCACAUUACAUUCAAGAAUUACUUUGUAUGAAAAACACCCUACAACCACAAAAAGAAGAAUGCAAGAUAAAGUUCAGUAAGGUUAGUAAAGUUGGUUUUUGUAGUUAAUUGAAGCUCCUGUGAGGAACUUGUGGUUUUCAUAGAUUUCAGCAUCCCCUAUGGACAAAGCAGUUCUUGCCGAUUUCUUCUUCUGUGUGUAAAAUAAGAGGUUUGGAAAAUUUGUGUAACUGCCCUUUAAUGACGGUCAAGUGAACCACUGUUGGUUGAGAAUCUGCCUUGUCUUGACUUUAUCACCCAUUCCCCCCACCAGUGGUCUCAGACAUCAAAACAACAGUUCCUCCUCUUGUUUAGGGUCUUUUAAUUUUGUUAUUUUGGUCCUAAAAAGACAUCUAAUUUCAAAGUUUUUCAUCACCAUCUAAAAUCUCACCACAGGAGCUUUAAAACUUUUUGAACCUUUUUUUUUUUUUGUAUCUUCAUCAAAAUCAAGAUUACGGCGGCAGCUAUAUUAUAGCUAUACACCGACUGAGUGAAACUAAACAUGUCCAGCACAGACAAACAGACCCUGACAGUCCUCUGAAAAAGUGAGUUUUACUUCAACAAAGCUGGGGCAUUAAAAACCAAAAAUGACUACUGCUGAGACCAUGGUGUGAAAGUAACACAAACAUUACUGCUUCUCCCAAGAGGACACGUUAGCUCUUGAAAGCAGCAGUAAAACACUCCAAGAUAAGAUUAGUGUUAUCUUAUUACUGACCUCUAGAGACAUAUUUAAAACUCCUGCCAUAAAGAGAUACAGUGAUAUUAGUCAUGUUAGAAAGGCUGCAAGUUACUGCAGAGUUAAAUCGAGGCAGGAGGAGAAUAGACCCUUCUGUUUGGAGGCAGUGUUAAACCUCACAAUACUUCACAUUUAGUUACAAGAAGACUCCCUCAAGCCCCAUCCCCCGCAGGUCACCUUCUUCUCUAAUUGUCCAGUAUGCAAACUGGGACCAGUAAACCCACCUGUCAGUGUCAGGUGACAGAAAUGGCAGUGUGUUGUGUGUUUACAGCCCUCCCUGCUGGGGCUCAGAAUAACACCUGGCUGCCCUGUCCCACACAGGCUGUGCACACAUGUCCCUGAAACUCAAGGCCUCUUACAGAGGACUGGAAGGAGGUUACUGGACCUCUUUGAGAACCCCGUGUUGUAAGAAUCACUGGCUUUGUCUUAAAUAGACUCUCACAAAUGAUGUAUAGAAAACAACACCCAGGUUAGGGUUUGAACUCGUUGGAAAUCUGGAUUAGACGUGAGCGUGUUGUUGUUUUGACUAAACGAGCUCACGUGAAAUUAACAGCCAGGGUGCAAGUGCUUACACUUAAAGUUUGCAUACUUCUAUGUAAAGGUCCUUACACACCAGGCCCGACACAAAUAUAGAACGCAAAAUCAAGAAAUGUUCGGAGGCGAAUUUUGACGCGCCUGACUCCACACAUCAAGCCCAGUGUGAUUCUGCGACUUUCCAGGGGGAAAAGAUGCAUCCCGGGAAGACUUUUCUGGGGCAAAGUCCUGCCUCCUUCACCUCUGAUUGGCUAGAAAAGCCGGAAACGUCAUCACACGCUCAAGCCAAAUGGUCAGCACUUAUAGCCAAUCAGAGGCGAAGGAGGGCGGGACCUCCUCUUAACAACCUACAGCCUCCCGGGUGGAAGCAAGCAGACAAAAAUGGAAUUUACUUCAACUUGAAGUGAUGGCGAAUUGGUACUCCUUUUGCUUGCUCGAAAGAAAAAGAAACGUAGCACAUGGGUGCAGCUAAUAUUAAAUAAAGGAAGAGAACUUGGCGAGUUUUACUGCUUGGUUCAGGAGCUGAAAUUGUACCACGGUCGAACCUAUUUUCCGAUGUCCGUUGGACAAUUUGAAGUUCUGCUGAACGGUUAGCUCCAAGUUUGAAGAGGCAGAGGACUAGACACUGGUGUUGAGAUUGCUUUCUGUCAUGAUAGCAUGUACUGAGUCGGGGCCAGUACCAGAUAAGCACAUGAAACUAUGGUAACAACCGUUAGCUUACGUUUGCACAGAUGAGCAAACUGUUAAAGCACACAAACCAUCGUCAUAUCAGAAAUCCAACACUAUGACUCUCCACAAGUUGUCCUUCAGGUCGUUAUCUUUGUAAUGUGUGUGUAAAUGAUCAUAAACAAUCAGCCGAUCGGCCAUGUUGGAUAUACCGGUGAAUCUGAUGUCGCAACAACACAUAAUCUGAUUGGUCAGAAGUGGACACACAGUAUGUGAAACUUUAGAAAAAUCGGCCAUGAUUCGAAAAAAUAGAUGCAGCGAUAUCGCAGGAUAGGAAAACAUCGCUGAUGUGAACGUUUGUAUUGACAGGAUACGGGUUCGACAAAAAAUAUUGAUGUCCGAAAUAAUCGCACGACAAAAAGGUCCCGGUGUGUAAGGACCUUAAGGAUGCAUCUCUAAUUUUCAAUAAAAAGGACAAUAAAUAUCACAGUUAUCAUCAGUUAUGAAUUCCUCAAAUAUCUCUGUGAUCUGAUUCAAGAUAGUGACACUUAAAUGACGCACAGAUGGGUCACUCUGCUGCAUUAGUCACCGAGCUCUUGUGGGAACAAUGAUGUGUAAAGCUUUCGGAGCUCCAGCCUUUGACACCAUUGACAAAAACGGCUGUAUUGUGGUGGAGUGAAAAUUAAAGAGGAGUCCAGAAAGUUAGAGAAAGACAGGACAAGGCUUUAGGAACGCUGCAGAGGAAAACCAGGAGGUGGAUGAGUUUGGUCCAACAUGCUCAUUUAAGAUGGUCUACAAGCUUUUUCCACCUUUUUAAGUUACCUGGACCUGCCCAAAAUGUAACAGAAGGAAGAAAACAAAUGUCUCUCUCUGCAGAUAAGGAUGAAACUACAAUCAGCUGUAGUAAGAAAGAGAAAUAAUGGCAUUAUCACGAAUGUACUUCCCCUGGGUGUGAUCCUCCAGCUGUUUGCUUCUCCACAUUUAUUGACACACAGGCCUGAUUCCCAGAUUGGCAAACAUAAAACAGCAGCCUGGAUGAAACAUUAGAGGCGAUUAUGAAAGAUGUCAUGGCUGACACUCCGGAUAUGAUAUAAUUGUCAUCUGAGAAAUUAGAUAAAGGGGUCAGGUCUUUCCAGAGGAUGACACAGCAGCAGUGCCAGAUUACAGUCAGCCUCUCUGCUCAGGAAAAAAAGAGGUAUUAAUGGUAUUAAUGGUGAAAUUUUGCAGGGAUCAGCUCCUUCAGAUGAUACACGAUAAACAUUCACUUGAUUUUAUGCAACCUUUACCUUUAAUUCCACUGUAAGUUGCUUUUUAGAAAAAGUGGAUCAGGCUGUGAUUAAUUUUUCCUGUCUCUCCCUGCAGGUCCAGUAAAACUAUGAAUCUUUGCUCCAAAUGUUUUGCUGGUAAGUCUUUCUAAAUACACUUCUUUUUUGCUUUAAAGUGACUUACUAUAUCCUGGGUGAUGCUGACUUACCUCGCCCUAGCUGAAGAGGGAUUGGGUUUAAUGGACAGUGAAGGGGGUAACUUAACUCUGAAUUCAGUGUAAGGUGGUAUCAGUUCAGAGUGGAGCCGUCAGAGCUGACAUGACAAAAAUGUGACAUGGAUGGGAGAAAAUCAGCAGCCUAACUUUUGCUUUCCUGGUCACUGGCAGGUAACCAGCUGCCAUUUGGUGUUCUUGUCUUCUUCUGAAAUGUUGCACAAUCCAAAUCUGAGAUGCAGCAGCAGUAUUUGAGGCCUGUGUGUCAGAAUAAAACAGAAAUAUUUGUGUAUGCAUCAUACCAACAUGUGCAGAUGUUUGUAGACCAGACUAAAGAUUGUCUUUUCUGCAUCUCUGACACUGUCUUUGAGGGUAACCUUUCGCUGGUGUCCUGACAAAAAUCUGUAAAGGAACAGUUCACAUAAGUGUCUUCCUCCAAGCUUAAUUUUUGGCUGGCAAAGAGAUUCAAAUUGGCGCCUCAAACACAACUACAGGCAGUGUGCUAGAAAACUUGAGGUAAAAAUUCAAACAAUUUCGAGGAGUCAUUCUAGGAAAAUGUAACGACAAGCAAGAGUUUGACAACAGAUUUAACAAAUCUCAUUUUUUAAAGAAGAAGUAGGAGUCUUUUUUUUUAUAACCUCAAUUCCACAAACUGUCCUUUUGUAAAAUGAUAAAAACAGGUUAAUGGUUUGCAGAUCAUGGAGAGCCCGAAAUUACAUGAAAACAGUGCAAUGACAGCAUGUGAAAUGCUGAAAUUGAACAGUGUCAAUGUUAUCGUUUUCUUGUUAUUGGUCUGAAAAUACAGUCCAUGAAUUUUCAACAGGCUAGUAACAGAACUGGAAUAACUGUGAAAAUCAGACAUCAUUCUGUAGUGGAAAUCAUUGCAUGGGCUCCAAAUCCCUCCCACUUUGUCACUGCGUUCUCACAAGCUGGUAACAAGUGUGUUGUGCACAGAAGAAAAAAACACAUAGUCUUGAUUCAGAAAUGACAUUGAGCCUUGAGCCCUUUCAAGAUGAACUGAGGGGAAGAGGAAAAUUGCGUAGUCCGGCGUAUCAAGUCAGCAUUCCCGAUGGUUUAGUGUCAGAUGACAUAAACAUAUGCUGCCGUCCAGACCCUGACUCUUUCAGAGAGGACCUCUUGUAAUACAGAAUGGCAGUGCCUGACCACAUUGUGCAGCAUGGCUCCGAAGUAGAAGAGUCCCGGUGCUGGGGUCUGGGGUCUUAGCUUGUCACACUUGCAUCAUGAAAGAACAAAUCCAACAAAGGAAACCCUGAAGUGUUGAGCAGCUGAAGGCAAGAAAGGGGCAAUGAUUAAUAGGGUUGGGAGAAAAAAUUGAUACAGCAUAGUAUCCUGAUAUUUUGUCUGAUGAUAUAUCGUAUCAUCUCAUUUACCAAGUAAUUUUUUUUUUUUUCAAAUUAAUUGUCAAUAUGAAGUCAUAUCCAUGGUAAUGGAAAAAUAAAUUCAACUAGUUGUCCAGUGAGGUUGGCAGAGGUGACAUCACAGAGCAGGAGAAAGUUAAUGCAAAAAAAUAUAGCACCCCGGGAAAGACAUUAGGAAUGCAAGCAGUGCACGAAUGAGAUGGACCUGACAUAUACGAUUUGUAAGAUGUGCUACAUGGAAAUAAAAUACUGUGUAAAUAAGACAAUCGAUAUCGUAUGGUGGUCCAAGUAUUGUGAUUAUAUCAUAUGGUGGCCCAAGUAUUGUGAUAAUAUCGUGUGGUGGCCCAAGUAUCGCGAUAAUAUCAUGUGGUGACCCAAGUAUCGCGAUAAUAUCGUAUGGCGGCCCAAGUAUCGUGAUAAUAUCGUAUGAUGGCCCAAGUAUCGUGAUAAUAUCGUAUGAUGGCCCAAGUAUUGUGAUAAUAUCAUAUGGUGGCCCAAGUAUCGUGAUAAUAUUAUAUAGUGGCCCAAGUAUUGUGAUACUAUCGUAUGGCGGCCCAAGUAUUGUGAUAAUAUUGUAAAGUGUCCCAAGUAUCGUGAUAAUAAUUUAUAGUGGCCCAAGUAUCGUAAUCAUACCUUAUUGUGGAGCCACUGGUGAUUUCCCCCUCUGUAAUGAUUAAUCUUGAGAACUCCAGGAACUGGUCGUUCUGGUCCCCAAAUAUUUACAGCAUUAGAAAAAGUAUAGAUAAUUCACCAUUUUGAAACUCAUGCUCCUGUCUUUGCACUACUUUUAUUUAAAUAUGGAGUUGAAAUGAUUUGCAUACCAUAAAAUUCUGGACCUUACAUCUGUAAAUUAAACGUCAGCAGAUCCUUUGUUAAUCUGAUAUGAGUGCUAUGAUUCAGCUGUUUGUUAUAAACCUGUCUUACGAGUUGAAAGUUUUUACAUUCUGACAAGAUUCUGACUGAGAAAAAUGCCCAAUUUAAAGUUUGAAAUGUCAAGGUAUGCGAGAAGUUUUCCCAAUGACACCCCCGGUCUGGUUUAGAUGGAUGGGCUGAGGGUGCACUGCAGCCCCUGUCGGUGUCCAUGGCAACCGGUGAGUAUGGCAGACAGCGAGGACCUAAGGGCCCAGCUUUGAGUCUGGCAUCACAGACUCUGCUCAGAAUAGACUCAAUACACACGAGCGCAGAGGCAGAGCAGAAGUGGGUUAGUCCACAUGUGGAGGAGAAAACUAAAAUGUAGGCUGACCCGCCUCACCCUCCCUGGAGGAGAGAGAGAGUGAGAGAAAAGACAAUCUCCUCCACCAUCGAUCGAUGGUGUCUGAGAUUAUCAGAGUAUACAGAGGUCUGGAGAGCAGCUCUGUUGUCCAAGGUGAUCUUGUCUUUCCCUCACAAAAUGAUGCUGCUGUUGGCAAAGUUUACAUAUUAGUCAUGUGGGUCUGAAGGGGGGGUUGAAAACUUCCAGGAUUUGGAAAAUAAGAGGGAAGAGAGAGCGCUGCAGUUGAUGAGUUUAAAUCAGAUUAAUGAGUCAAAAUGAUUCAUCUUCGCAUCACUUAUCAUACAAACUGCUUAAAAAAUGGACUUUUGAACAUUCUGACAUGAACAUCUUCAAUGUACCAUCUUGGCAUGUGUGCAAUUUAGUCGACUAAACAAUCAGACAUAUCAUCAAUUUGAGCAAUGAAGUUUAUCUGCAUCAGGACUGAAGGUGGGGGGUGCUGGCUCUGCUAUUGGUAGCCACAUUGUCAAACUUGAAGUCUCAGCUUUCAGUUAUGCUUUGAGUGUUAUCUCACCUGUAGACUAGGGCUGGGUGAUAAACCAAAAAUUUAAAGAUAUCGAAAUUUACAACAAUAACCAACGUCAUUUUGCUCAUGUUGGUAUAUUUUGUGUCAAAAAAUAAAUGAAUAAAAGUUUGGUUUUGGAUGUGUAUAGGUAGGCUAUGGUCUUAUGUCCCUUUUAAGAUGCUGUCCUACGUUGGAGAUGUGACUCCACCCUAUCCAGUCUGUAACAAAGAGGUAAAGACAGGUGAGGAGAUGGAGGACGGUUCAAAAGUUGUAGCAGCUGGAGCGGUGGCUGAAGUAGACAAAGUUAAUGUGGGAGGGGGUGAGCAGCUCGUGGAGUAGUUAUUGUCCAUUUAUCGUUCUCAAUGUGAACUGCUCAAUAUAUUGUGAUAUUGAUUUGAGGCCAUAUCGCCCAGCCCUACUGUAGACCAACUGCUGGGGCAAACUUUGAAAAAAAGUCCCUUCGGAACAUCGCUCAUGUGUUCCCGUCAUGAGUCGUUUAACUUACUAAGCCAACUCUGACCCCUUUUCCACCAUGUGGGUUCUGAGCUGGUUGAGGGCCCGCGCCUCAUCUAGAACCAUUUCUUUAUGUCCUGACCCCAAAGAACUGGCUCACACCCUGAAAAUACAGAUCUGGGUAGCACCAACAUCUUGCAGAUCUACAAGAAAGAAAGCUUAUGUUGGGGGCUGAGGAAGGCCCAAAGAUUACCAGCUAAAACCAUGAUCGUGUGUUUUAAUAACACUUAAAAUGAGGGACUGUAUACUUUUUUAACAGAAAUUUAUGUUGCGUAUUCAAACCACUGGAGAGUUGGCUUAUCUUACAAAGAGUCCUGUUUGAAUGGACUGCUUCCUGUAAUCCCCCCCCUGCAGCUCUGUAGAAGUAAUGCAAGCAGCUUUACUCUCCAGACUCCAGGGCUACCUUUUAUUUCUUCUUUACCAUCUGUUUUCUGCACUCUAGGACAAACCUGUCAUUACAGGCUCAGCGUCAGAUGUCAGGAGGUUUGUACUGCAGCUGCACUUCUGCAAAGAUGCAUGAAUCUAGAUUGUUGACUGUACUUCUUCCUUUUUUCUCCCUCUCCGUCUGUACUUCUGUCCUAAUUUUACAACUCUUGCCGCCUCUCUCACUUCCCGUCUUGCCGUUCUUACCCGCAGACAUCCAGAAGAAGCAGCCAGGGGAGGACUGCACCUCCAAGCCCAUCCAAAGCACUGGGAGUAGCCAAUCGCCAGUUUUCAGUAGCGAGACGAGCAGUAGCAGUAGCCAAUCCCCUUUGUCGUCGCCUCCCUCCAGCUCCGAGCAGCCGUCAGCAGAAGAGCCUUCGCCCACGUUCCCCAGCACAAGGGAAGGUAAGAUGGGGCGACACAUUUUCGCGGUUCAUGCAAUUUUUUUUCCCAUCGUAUCCACAUCUGUUUGGAUGUCACCUGAUCUAUGCAGUGGGAUAAUGCGUCCGUGAACAAACAGUCGGCUGCAGGACUGAGGAAAUAUUCUCAUGCUGUGAUUUCCAAACACUUACCAGGCGCACGACUCAAUCAUGGGUGUCUUCUCAUAAAUACUGGUAGUCUGAUGUUUUUGAGCAUGGACCAGUUAGACAAGCUCAGACGUCACUGUGCAGCCGUAACAAUCACACAGUAACUACAGUCAUGAUAUACACGUGUUAUUCUGCCUUUUGAUAGAUAGAAAAGACAAAGUGGCGCAUGGUACAGGGACAUCCUGAGCUCACAAACAGUGCCAAAGACAUUUCUCAGCGAAGGCAAUGGAAAGACACUUCCUCUGUUUUACAGGCAGCAAGUGUUAUCAAGAGCUUGACCCAGGCCUUGACAAGAGAUACACAGUAUACGGUAGAUUGGAGUGACGAGGACUGAUAGCAACACUGGAGUCACUUAUGAUAGAGAGAGAAUUCUAGUUUAAAAUAACCCGUGAUAAUGAAAAGUGAAGUGAAUAUACAGUGUUACAGAGAAUGGAACAACAGGUUUUUUAGGGUUUUGGGGUUAAUAUAACAUCAUGAAGUUGGUUCCUUUAUUCGUCGCAUAGCAGUUUUAAUAGACCUUCCCUCAUUUUGCGCGACCCAAGCAAAUUAAUAAUGCUUCUUGUUUUGUGUUAUCGAGCUAGUUCAAUGUCUUUGUCAAAUAAAAUGGUCUUAUGAGACCCCCGUGGUUCAGCAGAAUUCCUUAUUUGUGAUGGAAAAAAACGUCAAUUUUCAGUAAGAAUUCGCUUAUUCCCAGAGGAAAAUCAUGAUCAGACAAAUGUUGUAGAGAUUUUUGUCGUAUUUAUUACAUGGGGGAAAAGAAAAAAGAGCAGAAAAGAGGUCCAAGAAGAGUUUCAUUGGGACUUUAUAUUUGAUCUGUUAGUCUCAGAUGAUAUUAACCUGCUUUUAAAAAGGACAUGACUUGUUCAAUGAAUUACAUCAGUGAAAGAAACCCCAUCAGUGCUGAGACAGAAUAUCACAGUUUAAUAAUCAUUUUGGUGCAGAAAACACUUAGCAGUAAAUUAAAGCUCCAGUGAGGAACUUUAGGUUUGUGUAAAUUUUGGACAAUUCUUGUUUGUGAGGCUUUAAAGUGACUUCUGUCUUCUUCCCCCUGCAUUUGGGGGACCCUGAGAUAACAUAAGUCAACUCUAAUAUUUCUCAGGUAAAAAUGCAGGAUUCUUCAUGUAUCAUUUUGAAACCAGGACUAAUAUAGAAGACCAUUUCAUGCAGCAAAUUUGUGUUCCUCAUAUAAAAUAUGGUAAAUCCAAAGUAUAAAUGCACAGUGUCUAUGACGCUGUUCUGCUGGAGGAAGGUUUUACUGUCUCUCAAGACUUUCUUUGUGUCCCGCAAUGUGCAGUUUUAAUGCAGACGUCUAACCCUCCCUGCUACCACCUGUUUGACCAUCCUGCUGGUUACUGGUUCAAUUGUUGAGCUCAGUUUUAGGUGGUGUGGACAGAUGGGAGCUACAGACAGACUCACUGCUUAUAACCGGUGUUGUCUUCAAAUGAAAGACUCCACAUGAUGGAGACAUCGGAUUGAAUUUUGCAUAAUUCAAAAGACACCUUGAUGUUUUUCCAAGAUACGUUUCAGUUAUUUGUAGCAUUUCUUUCCAAUAUGGAUACUUUACUUUACAGCAUUGACCAUCCCGUCUCACAUAUCUUUUCUGUCUGCAGGCAUGUCGUCCACAGAAACAGCCCAGGGCACACUCUGCACACCCACAAAACGUCCACGAGAAUCAGGUGCAGCCAACCUCUUCCUCCCCUCCCACUUUCUUCUUCUUCUUCCUGUUUUUCUUGUGCCUGUAGCUCUUUGUGACCUGCCCCACUUUUCAGCACUAACUUUCACACCCGCCUUGUGAUUUCAGCGUCGGGCUCGGAGAGCGAGGCCACGCCGGAGAAACGGCCGCGGCCAGACGAGAAGGAGGGGAGUGGCGAGGAGGCCCGCGGGACGCCCAAGCAGAAGAACCGCCGGCGCUGCUAUCGCUGCCAAACCAAACUAGAGCUGGUGCAGCAGGAACUGGGCUCCUGUCGCUGCGGUCAGUACCAACCCAUGACGGUAGCUCGACAGUCAUAUGUUUUCAAAUCAGGCCGCCCUAACCUCGAUCUUCACAGCUCUGAUUUUAUUUUCACUCGCUCUUUCUCCUGCUGUGGGUGAAAAUUUGUCAUGAAACGAAGUUACAUCCUGCAGCUUUUUGACCUGAAAAACUGAAACCACCUAAGCCACCAACAUUUCUGCAUUGCUCUCUGAAAGUAGGGCUGCAAUAAGUUCAUGAGAAAACUUAAAUUUCCCCUUAAUGUAUUUUUCCCUGCACUGCUGUAAUAAUACAAAUUUUCUCUAUUUUAUAUAGUAAAGGAUUAUCUUAUCUUUGUGGUACUGGACCAUAGACUGUAUGUAGAAGGGACAGAGUCUGCCUCCUCGCUGGGUGAAGCCACUCCGAGAACAGCGCCCUCUGUUGAUGGGCUGCAGUAUAGGUCAUAAAUCCUGCCUCCGCCAGCAAAGCUUAUGAAGCUGUGGACAAACUUUAGAAAUUUAUUACACAGAACUUAAAUUUUUCUCCCCUCUGCUUGCGGUGUUGACAUGUAGUUACAGUAAGACUGGUUUGUGCUCAAGUCCUCCUUUUUUUCUGUGAAGCUCCGUUUUUAAAAGUUAUUAGGGGGCUCAUGUUUUCUAUGAUUGACACCUGAUACAGCCUAUGGGCGUUCAGGGAUUGCGUAGCUCUCCUGGGGGAUACGCUGUUUGAGCCGAGCGUCAUCACAGCGACUCUCGUUUACUCUCCUGACGAAUGCGCACAACGCUAAUGCGCAGCACUGGUUUUAGGAAAUGAAGAAAAAUCCUGGAAAUACACAGAGCUAUUUGGCUUCAAAUCCUUAUACUGGCGGUAGGCAGAACCAAGUUGUCCAUAGUAUAUACUGUCUAUGUACUGGACCUGAAAUGAUAUUCAAGUCCAUUAAAGUGGCUAAUGCAUCUACUUAUGCAUGAUGCAUAAUGCUUUAACUAUCGUUGUUAAAAAAGAUGAAGAGGACUGGGCGUGCAGAUGGCUAAGUAGGUUAGUGUGCCCUAUGUAUAGGGACCACGAUCCCCCCAGCGAUCGCAGGUUCGAGUCUGGCCCUGACCAUGUGCUGCAUGUCCUCGCCCCCCCCUCUCCCUAUCUCCCCACAUUUCACCCUGUCCUAUCCAUAAAAGGUAGAAAUCGCCCAAGAAAAUACUUGGAAAAAAAAAUUCAUAUCCUGGACAUGCACAUAUCCUGGCCACCCCUAUGAAAUUAGGUGCCACCCCUGUCAGAAUGUCUGGACACGCCCCUGCAGAGCAGCACAGAGAACACAGCAGAAUCUGAUACUGUCAAGAUGUCAAGUUUGGGCAAUUAAAGCUGUAAGAAAAUAUUUCUCUGCUGCUUUUUAAAGAACACGACACAAUUAAACCCUGAAGGACAUUAAAAAAGUGAGUCCCAUACUGGCAGGAGGUGGGAUGUAGUAUGGAGGGGGAAACUGUACUUCGUGUGUUCUUGAAGACAACAAUGACUACAGUGAGAGGCAGGGGGACUCUGCAGCUUUAGCUGGCUUGAUAUGGAAAUAAACAUGGAAAAAAAAUAUGAAAACUUAAGUAUUGUUUGUGUGACUGGCAGGAUAUUUACAGUACAACAUCAGCUUUAGAGCAAAAACAGUGAAAUGCUUGAGCAGCUCCACAGCCUUGCAUGUGCAUAAAUACUGUAACUGAUGAUAGGAGUAGGAGGGUCUCUUCUUCCCUCUACAUCCCAGGGUAGUGUGUCGGCUCUGAUGCUCUCAGUGCACAACUCCAUAAAUGAUUAAAAUGAUAACUUCAGAAAUUCAUAUUUGAUUUUUGGCCUUGGAGGAAAGUGUUUUAAAUCGAUCCUCAAAAUUAGUCGCAGGCUUGUUUUUGAGUGUUUGUGAUAUUUCCUCGCACACUCAGCAGGAAUAACAGAUCGUUUAUUGGGGUCACUUCCUCCCUAACCACUCUGCUCUCUGUUUCCCUCCCAGGCUACGUGUUCUGCAUGCUCCACCGUCUCCCUGAGCAGCACGACUGUCUGUUCGACCAUCUGGGUCGCGGGCGUGAGGAGGCUGUCCUCAAGAUGGUGAAGCUGGACCGCAAGGUGGGCCGCUCGUGCCAACGCAUCGGGGAGGAGUGCUCCUGA